AUUGCGCGUUUGAUAUCUUGUAAAAAGUUUAUCCGACCGUUAACAAAUAUCCUACAAAAAAGGUUCUUCAAUGCAGUGAAGCCUGGUGUGUUGAACAUUCCAGAAACGAAGGUAAGCACAUUGAAGAAUGGAAUGUGGGUAGCCUCGGAAGAUUCUGGAGCUCCAACUGCCACUGUUGGAAUAUGGAUAGAUGCAGGCAGUCGAUUUGAAAAUGAAAAGAACAAUGGAGUAGCACAUUUCCUCGAACACAUGGCUUUCAAGGGUACAAAGAAAAGGUCUCAAAUUGACUUGGAGUUGGAGGUGGAAAACUUGGGAGCGCACUUGAACGCAUACACAUCCAGGGAACAAACCGUGUACUACGCCAAAUGCUUCUCUAAAGAUCUUGAAACUGCUGUGGAGAUCUUGGCUGACAUCAACCAGAACAGUUUGUUGAGAGAACCAGAAAUCGAGAGGGAACGAGGAGUGAUAUUGAGGGAAAUGCAGGAGGUGGAGACGAACUUGCAGGAGGUUGUCUUUGAUCAUCUUCACGCCACAGCAUUCAAGAACUCGCCACUCGGUAGGACGAUACUAGGGCCUGUUGAAAAUAUCAAGACCAUAAACCGAGAAGAUCUAUUGAACUACAUAUCGACGCACUACAAAGGUUCAAGGAUGGUGCUAGCUGCCGCCGGAGGUGUUGAGCACGAGCACUUGGUCUCAUUGGCUGAUAAGUACUUCGGAAAACUCAGCCCUUCUCAUGAUGAGGGGCUGUCUUUUGCGAAAUGUUCGUUCACUGGAGGCGAGAUUAGAGUUCGAGACAAUGGCAUGCCGUUGGCUCACAUGGCCCUGGCUGUUGAAGGUGCUGGAUGGACGGACCCUUCUAACAUUGCUCUCAUGGUGGCCAACACUCUCAUUGGAUCAUACGACAGGUCUGUUGGACCAAACAUGGCUUCAAUGCUCGGACAGGAGUGUGCCCAGUUCAAUCUCUGCCAUAGUUUUCAGUCGUUCAAUACGUGCUACACAGACACUGGACUCUGGGGAAUGUAUUUUGUGGUUGAGGAGGAUCAGGUGGAAGCCAUGCUGAGGAGUGUACAAGCUGAAUGGUUGAGGUUAUGCACAAACAUUACAGACGAAGAAGUUACGAGAUCACGCAACCACCUGCUCGCCAACAUGCUGCUCAUGCUGGAUGGUUCCACGCCGAUAUGUGAAGACAUCGGCAGGCAAAUGUUGUGUUAUCGUCGUCGCAUCCCUCCACCAGAGUUGCAAGCUCGCAUUGAAGCUGUUGACGCGAAGGUUUUGAAGGAGACCUGCAUGAAGUUCAUUUUUGACAAGAAACCUGCUCUUGCUGCCGUUGGUCCAAUUGAUCAGUUGCCAGAUUAUGCCACAAUAUGCAGUCAGAUGUACCAAUUCCCACCUAAAAAAUGAUUUUUUCUUAUUGUAUAUUAAUGUUCUGUUAACUAUUGUUUUUUUUAAUAAUUUUAAUAUUUUCAUUAUUAAAUAGUGUCUUUUUACAAAUUUUAAGAUAUGAUGAGUGUCUUCGUCUCAUUUGCGUUUUGACCGUUCUAAAAUAUUUAAAAAUAAAACUAAAAACGUUUUUUGUAAAAAUUAUGAUGUACCUACUCUGCCCAUCCGAAGCAAAUGAAAAGAAAGCGUAACCUACCUA